AUGUCUCAGUUAUUGGAUCAAAAGUAUAUGGGAGGAGGUUCAGUGAGCAAAGAAGUUGCGCACCGGUCAAAGUCUGGAGCUGCUUCAGAUCCUUCAUUGAUUCCGCGCUACUGUCUGUCGUCUCGGCAACAGAAGAGGCUUCCUUUGAGACUUCUGGUGCGUAGUACAGUCGGGAGGGGGACACUUUCUUCUAUCCCUGCGCCCCGAAGCGAACCCACACAGCCGACAAUGUCGCAAAACGGAGCGUUACCCCGUCAUGAAAAGGUGCUCACGGUCGACACAAUGAACGCCAACGUGAAGAAAGUCGAGUAUGCGGUGCGCGGACCCAUCGUUCAGCGCGCGGUGCAGAUCGAGAAGGAGCUGAUAGAGGGGGUCAAGAAGCCUUUUGAAGAGGUCAUUAAAGCAAAUAUCGGAGAUGCUCACGCUAUGGGGCAACGACCAAUCACCUUCUUCCGACAGGUAAUGGCAUUGUGCGCGUAUCCAAAACUACUUGAUGAUAACAAGUUUCCAGAGGAUGCCAAAAACAGAGCGAAACGUAUUUUACAUGCGUGUGGAGGGAACAGUAUCGGCGCAUACACAACAAGUCAGGGCAUUGAAUGCGUAAGGCAAGACAUUGCCAACUACAUCAAACGUCGGGACGGUGGUGUUCCCUCUGACCCUGAUAACAUUUACCUCUCAACAGGGGCCAGUGACGGCAUUGCGACUGUUCUGAAGCUGCUUACUGCUGGGGAAGGUCGUACCCGGACAGGAGUCAUGAUCUCUAUCCCUCAGUACCCUCUGUACUCUGCUGCUAUAGCAGAACUGGGAGCUGUUCAGGUGAAUUACUACUUGAAUGAGGAAAAGUGCUGGAGUCUCGACAUUAGUGAGUUAGAGCGCUCUCUAAAGGCCGCCAGAGAGUAUUGCAACCCGCGUGUACUGUGCAUUAUCAAUCCGGGCAACCCCACUGGUCAGGUACAAAGCAGACAAUGUAUUGAAGAUGUAAUCCGAUUUGUAGCCAAAGAAAACCUUUUCCUAAUGGCUGAUGAGGUGUAUCAGGACAAUGUAUAUGCAGAGGGAUGUGAGUUUCACUCCUUUAAGAAAUUGCUCUUUGAGAUGGGUCCAGAGUAUUCAAACAAAGUAGAGCUAGUGUCAUUCCACUCUACCUCCAAGUGUUACAUGGGAGAGUGUGGUUUUCGAGGUGGGUACAUGGAGGUCAUCAACAUGGAUCCAGACGUGAAAGCUCAGCUCACCAAGCUGGUAUCAGUACGCUUGUGCCCACCAGCACCUGGUCAAGCCCUCAUGGACCUGGUGGUCAACCCACCUCAGCCAGGAGAGCCCUCCUACAACGCAUUCAUCAAGGAGCGCACAGACGUGCUGAGUGACUUGGCUGAAAAAGCCAAACUGACAGAGGAGAUUCUGAAUACAGUGCCAGGCAUCAGCUGUAACCCUGUGCAGGGAGCCAUGUAUUCCUUCCCCCGGAUCGAUUUACCUGAACGUGCCAUCAAGGAAGCCAAGGCAAGAAGUCAGGCUCCGGACAUGUUUUACUGCAUGACACUUUUAGAAGAAACAGGAAUCUGUCUUGUCCCUGGCAGCGGUUUUGGUCAAAAAGACGGCACCUACCACUUCAGGAUGACCAUCUUGCCUCCAACAGAGAAACUCAAGAUUAUGCUCAACAAACUCAAGGAAUUCCAUCAGAAAUUCACCCAGCAGUAUUCAUGACCUGCUUAGUUCACUUGACUAAUCACAGCCCUGACUGCUAAAAGAGCUCAAAUGUGCUCCCACUUUAUACCACUUUAUAUAUGUUUUUGGCCACAAUUGGGUCAUGUAGUCAUCUGGGCAUUGAUGGACACUAGUCUGUCACCAUGCCACAUGAUGCAUUUUAGCUAAAAAUGUAUGAACACACUGUUAAGUGACUGAUCGAUUUAACAAUAAACUUGAUAACAUGUAAAUAAAAUGUAUAAGAUCGAAUAAACAACACUGAUUUUGUGUGUGUGUGCGGAUGUGGACAGUAACAGGAAAUUAAUGGGCAUUCACGAUGACUUUGCACUGUUUCUACCAUUCCAUAUCCUUGCGGCCGUUUUUGUCAUUUUAAACACAUUGUCACACUUAAACCUGUGCAAGAUUCAGCAUUAAUGUAUGUACAUAAUAGAUUCCUUAUAUGACUGAUAAAAUACAAUAGAUUAACUAUGUUUGUGCUGUGUGAUGUUUGAAGGAAAAGAGAAUUUUCAGACGUAAUUUUCCUUUGAAAGCUUUUCACCACUAGAGGUCACACUACCAUAUAGAUUUACACGUUCACACUUGUUUUUAAAGUCAAUCCCCACACAGACACACUACUGUGCAACUGUGCAGCCCAACUGCUCUUGUCUUUAGUGUCAUUUUGUUAAUGCGCUAAAAGAUAUAUUGGGUUAA